AUGUUGAAGGAGCAUAAUUCUUAAUUUACUAGUAAUUUAAGUCAAGUAUUUAAUAGAGUCAGCUGAAAACACAAAACAUACAGCUGUUGAUCACGAUUGAUUUCCGAGAUCCGAGGUUCUUGGAAAACUGAAACAGCUAUAGAGGACUCGCUUAUUUCRGUAUUCGUAUGAAAUUGUCUACAGGAAUUGGACAUAUUACAAGUUGCCACCAUGUCAGAAAUAAGUCAGUAUAAUGACACCUCAUCUUACAAAGUAUCCACUGUGAACAUGGCCUUUCUCUUCAGUAUGUCUACUGUAACAGUGUUUGGGAAUUGUAUUGUACUACUAACAUUGUACAAAGACCCUGCUAAUGAACUGAGAACAGUAUCAAACUUCCUGAUAGCUAAUCUUGCAACUAGUGAUCUCAUCUUGGGUUUAGUAGGUGAACCAUUGUUUGCUAUAAACCACUGGCUAUUUAACCCCAAAGUGUACCUAGCAUCCAGAUACGUCAUUGACAUGUUUUUAGUGGCCUCUUUCUUGAGCAUUCUGGCUCUGUCAUUUGAGAGRUAUUUUAUGCUUAAGACUGCUGGUUUGGUAGAGAGCCGGUUUCGCAAAUACCAUGCUAAAGUUUGUGCUGCUGUUAUCUGGACCUUUKCGUGUUUGGUCCCUGUGUCUGUAAUAUUUCUAAAAGAAAAAGACUCCAAAAUGAUAAUGGCWUUUGGUGUUGGUUUUCCAGUUGGUUUGACCAUGGUGUGUUUGUACAUUAAAAUCUUUAUUGUCAUCAAACGGGUGUACAGGAAAGAUGACUGUAAGGCACAUAGUAUCCAAGAAGCAAUACAAGACAGUGUUGAAAAGACAGCUCAACGAAUAAGAGAGAGAGAACUCAAACUAGCUUGGGCAAUAUUUGCAGUGGUUGGGGUAUUUGUYCUGUUUUGGAUUCCAGGUAUUAUUGCAGAUACUUUGGGUAAAGUCUGUCAACUGACAUCCCCAUGUCAUCUUAGCAAAGMCCUGUCCGAUAUGAUGGUUAUUACAGGGUUCUUGAAUGCUGCGUUUAACCCUAUUGUAUAUUCCAUGACUAACAAGAAGUUUAGAAAAGCUUUGAGGAUGUUGAUUUUACCUAAAACUUACAAAGGUGAACUURUGCCACUGAUUGCAUAACAAGUUAACUGUUCACCUUGUAUCACAUAACCUUUUCA